GUGGCCGCCAUUUUAGAUUCUGUGCCGAACUGUAGCUUGGCGCGAGCAAAUGCUGCUGUAUUUUUAGCUCGACAAUAUAAUCAAGUUUAAUGGCCAAUAUGACGGAUAAAGAAGCCGAAAACUUUGAUGAAGCUGCUGAGGAGAGAGUGAUCAAUGAGGAAUAUAAAAUUUGGAAAAAGAACACACCUUUUCUUUAUGAUCUGGUUAUGACACAUGCCUUGGAAUGGCCAAGUCUAACAGCACAGUGGCUAGCUGAUGUCACAAGGCCUGAAGGUAAAGACUAUUCAUUACACAGACUUAUUCUUGGAACUCACACUUCAGAUGAGCAGAAUCAUUUGUUGAUAGCCAGUGUACAGCUCCCUAAUGACAACGCACAGUUUGAUGCUUCACAUUAUGACAGUGAUAAGGGAGAGUUUGGUGGGUUUGGAUCUGUCAGUGGUAAGAUUGAGAUAGAAAUCAAGAUCAACCACGAAGGUGAGGUCAACCGAGCCCGCUACAUGCCACAGAACCCGUGUAUCAUCGCCACCAAGACUCCCUCCAGUGAUGUCUUAGUGUUUGACUACACAAAGCACCCUUCGAAACCUGAUCCAAGUGGAGAAUGUAUCCCAGAAUUGAGGUUGAAAGGUCACCAGAAAGAAGGUUAUGGCUUAUCCUGGAACCCAAACUUAAAUGGUCACUUGUUGAGUGCUUCAGAUGAUCAUACCAUUUGCCUCUGGGACGUGAAUGCUACACAGCGCCAAGAGAGAGUAAUAGAGGCAAUGACAAUAUUCACUGGCCAUACCUCUGUUGUUGAGGAUGUUGCCUGGCAUUUACUUCAUGAAAGUUUAUUUGGUUCAGUCGCUGAUGAUCAGAAGUUAAUGAUCUGGGACACCCGCUCAAAUAACACCAGUAAACCCAGCCACACGGUUGAUGCCCACACAGCGGAGGUCAACUGCCUUUCUUUUAACCCUUACAGUGAAUUUAUUCUAGCCACAGGAUCAGCAGAUAAGACGGUUGCAUUAUGGGAUUUAAGAAAUUUAAAGCUGAAGCUUCAUUCAUUUGAGUCACACAAAGAUGAAAUUUUCCAGGUACAAUGGUCCCCACAUAAUGAAACAAUACUUGCCUCCAGUGGUACUGACAGACGGUUACAUGUUUGGGAUCUCAGCAAAAUUGGAGAGGAGCAGCUACCAGAAGAUGCUGAAGAUGGUCCUCCUGAACUGUUGUUUAUUCAUGGUGGACAUACAGCUAAAAUCUCAGACUUUUCCUGGAACCCUAAUGAGCCCUGGGUCAUCUGUUCUGUAUCUGAAGACAAUAUCAUGCAAGUCUGGCAGAUGGCUGAAAAUAUUUAUAAUGAUGAAGAACCUGACCAGCCAGUUGGAGAACUAGAAGCAGCAACAUCAUAGUGCUACCAGCCAUCUUUUUAUUCAUGUUGAAUCAUCCCUUCUGUCCCUCACAUUACUGGCUCAUUCUUUUCAUGCAUUGAUGUAUUAUUAUCAUUUUAUACUAUCAUUAUUGGUAUUUUGUCAUUUUUUUAAUUAUUUUUUUUUUGAGUUUCAAGUUAAACACCUAAAAAUAAAUUAUUAUUUUUUUGACAAUUAUCUUGUAAGGUCACUUGCUUUAUAGUUCAAAUUCAGUUUAUUUAGAGAAGUUGAACAAAAGCUUUUUUAUAAUUUGAAUGUUUUCAGAUGAAUUGACGAAUCUGAGAAAAGCAAAAUGUUAAUGUCAGCUCUGUAAUUACUGUUGAACAAAACAAAUUUUAUUUAAAUGUUUCUAUAUGAUACUGUACAUAACACUCAAACCCUAUGGGAAAAGGAAUGGAACUUAAACUCUGGACCGGCAUCACGUUUUAAAUAUUAUUUGUUUUACAUUGUGUUGAACCAUAAAUAGCAAUUCUUGAAUGAGGUUUUGUUUCCUCUGUAUUGCACUAUCUACAAAUGUUACCACUUAGUCGGAACGGUGUAGAUUUCAUCUCAGAAUUCUGAAAAAAUGUGUCUCGUAAAACUAGGUGGAACAAUUUUUUUUGAGAUGUCCUCUUGCUUUGGUAGGGGAGGGGAGAGAGAGAGAGAGAAAGUACAAUUAUUUUUUUACCGAAAGACAUUGAUAUUUCUGUUCACAUUGAGUAGAUACCCUUGCAAUCAUCCCUUCAACUCAAAACUAAUCAUUGGCCUCUUGUCAAAACAUUGUUGGGGGUUAAUGAUAAUU